GCAGGAAGAACACAUGCAGCUUAUCAAGAAAAAGAGGAGGAUCGACGCAAGGCGGAUAGACGGCAUCGGCACCGCGGCACGAGCAGAGACGCCGGACGUCGAGGAGCGGCGAGAACGCAUGCUGCGCGCCGAACGGGAACGACUUGAAGCAAUACUCAAGAAGAAUUCGCAGCGCGAUUCGAAGCUGGACGCUCGCAACGCUAACCGACCCAAGAUCGCCUUCGGAUCGCAUGUGCCUCGUGCCGACGAGGAUAGAGGGCGCCGCACGCGACGCAAGUCGUGGGAGCAUCCAAUCACGGGUACCCACGCCUGCUGUAUAGAGGAAUAUAUAUUGUCGAAGCAGCGUGCAGUGUCAGCGCACCCUUGCGUGCGCGCGCGGCCCUCCGCGGCCAUGGCAACAUCUUCAGCCUCCGCAGGCACGGAGAAUCAAGGUGCCAAAUCAGAGACCUCACUAUCGCCGCCUAUGAGCAAAAGAAUGUCUCAGUCUGUUUCUGUGUUGUCACAUCGUCGGCGCAACCUGGUGGACACAUCAAUGUCCAGCACGAGCACCUCGCCUGGUAGCCAGAAAGCUCUGCGUCGCAUCCCUGAGACGAAGCCCCGGCGGUCGUCUCCGUCUACCCCUGCUCUCGGCCCCUCCACCAAAGCACUCGACAUAUCCAACCGCCUCUACAAGUCGGCCACGCAGUCAACCGUCGCCCGUCUCCACGGCGACACGCCUGACUCCGACUCAUCGUCUGCUGCAGCGACGACGGUGACAAAGAGAGAGGGCGCUGCCACGCGCAAGCCGCGCCCGCACAGCAUGACGGGCAGCAUGACAGCGAGCAUGAUGGAGCCGCGGAUGAGGGCGAAACAACCGCGCGAGGGACGCACCGCGGGGCGCGCGUCCGACGCAGGUGGCGCCACCGCAGCAGGGGCCGCUGAGGCAUCAAAGACGAGGUCGCAGAGUGCUGAGGGUCGUAAGAAGCUUCGUCAGGAGUCGAAUCUGAUGCAGCAGAGCAUGUACGGCACGCUGGACGAGCGACAGACGGCCGUGCAGCGACGCGCAGCCGCUCGCGAGGCUGGCAAGGCUAGGACUCCGAGGGCUGUCUCCGCACCACCCAGGCCACUUAAGAAGAAGCCUCCAAAGGAGAAACCUGCCAGUGAGAAGGCAGAGAGGGAGAAGCCUGAGGUGAAGCCACCUGUGAUGAAGAGAGUGCCGAAACGGCCUAUAUCAGAGAAGUCGAGUGCUCCCACCCCGACAGCAAUUAAGGCUCCCAGCCCUGCCCCUGGCAAGGUGACGAGCCCCACCCCGCCUGCUGCGGCCAGUACUCCCACUGCUGACGCCGAACCUACAGAAGGCAUUGCAAGCAAGUCCAGAAUCACGAGUGAGGAGGAGGCAAAAGCUAAGCUGGCAGAGAAAAGAAGACAGGCAAGAGAGGAAGCUGAGAGGCAGGCAGAGCUAGAGAGGCAACGUAAAGAGGAGGAAGCGCGCCUUGAGGCAGAACGGUUGAAGCGCGAGGAGGAGGAGAGGAUGCUCUGGGAGGAGGAGCAGCAUCGGCUGGCCGAGGAAGGUCGCAAGGCCGAGGAGGAGAGGCUGAGGAGGGCUAUCGAGGCAGAGGAGAAUCGCAAGGAGGAGGAGAGACUGCGUGAAGAGGAGGAGGCUCGACUGAAGCUGGAGGCUGAGCAGAAGGCACAGGAGGAAAGGGAGAAGAUGCAGCAGGAGAUGGAGGAGCGGGCACGUCGUGAGGAGGACGAGAGGCAGCAGAGGAAGAAGCGUCUGGAAGCCAUCAUGAGUAGGACCAGGAAAACUCCAUCAACCACUCCCGUGAAGAAAGAUGAACAGGAGGAGGAGGCAGAGUCCGAGAAAGCAGAGGAGGAAAACAAGGAAGCAGAGAAUGUGAACGUACAGCUUACGCUACAGCCUGUGAACACUGAGCCAGAGGCAGCAAUCGAAAUACCGGCCGUUGUUGCAACACAGCCGGAGGACGUGAUGGAACCGGCGCUAACACCGGAGCCAGCAGAGAGUCUAGGGGGCGCCACCAAUGUCGAGCAGGACACCGCGUCGGAUGCGGCGAGAAGCCCAGCCCUGCUGUCGCCGACGCCAACACCGGAGAGCGAAGACUCCGCGACGGAGGAGAGGACGACGGACAGCGCGUCGCCUGUAGAGGGCGUCGCUGACUCGGGCGUGUGGACCAAGUCGCAGGAUAUCAUGAUGAUGUCCAUGUACCAGGAGUCGGGCACCUUCGACAUGACGCAGAGCAUGAUGGAUUCUGGCAUUAGAGGUGGAAUUCCGGAGGAGAACGGGCAAGACUACGAGAACGGCUCCGAAGACAUCAGUGAAAAACACGACUAUGCAACCAUAAGAGAAGGACGUCACCGAUGCGCUCCUUGCUGCCGGCGAUCGACGGAAAUUCGACGUCUUCUCCGCGUACCGCCUCGCGCCCCAGCGCCCUCUAUUAACCCGUUUGAGCGACCUCGGAUCGCCCAGCACACCAGUACAACCGUUCGCCGACAGUGGCGCCCCUCACGCACGCGAAAACCCGUUAUGCCGACGACCUCGGUGGCGUGGUGA